AACAUUAUGACCUUGGAAGUUUUUUUUUUUAAAGUUAGUUAAAUUUUUGCUCAAAUAAGUAUAAUAUAUAUAACUCUAUUCAGACACCUAAAAAUCUAAUUAAAACCUGUUAAUUAACAACAUGUAAGCCAUUACUUAAUUUCUGUCUCUCAUAAAGGGACUGUUUUUAAUUAAAUCAAGAUAAAUAAAAUUUGUCGUUGUGGCAGAAAAUUAUUAACAGACGUGCCAUGUGUUGUUUUCGACGAAGAAGAAGGUCUUCUUGUGAUUCUAUUCCUCUUUCUGCAGUUGGAGUAGUUCCUGACCUUCUCAAUAAUAGGGAAGAAUUAGUGCAAUGGGAACAGUGGGAAGAAAAUCCAGUCGUUAUUGUUUCAAAUAAACCGAUAAAUCCUAUUCAGGAAAAAAUAGACCAAUACCGACAACAAGUAUUCAAACCGCCAUCUCCUGAAGAAGAACUACAUCCAAACUUUUUCGAAGACAUGACUCCAAAUAUUACCAAACAAACCAAAAUUUUAAUUAGAGAUAAGAAGUCUGAGAACGUGAACAACAGCUCGUCAAAAUUCGAAAUAAUGACAGAUCCGUUGCCAACGAACGAGCUUAAAGAAUGGGAAGAAAAUGCGACUGGUUGGGAGGAAGAAACCGCUGAAGAAUUCGGUGAUCCUACAGAAGUUUUACGAGAGCAAAGGAAACGGGAGCGAGAACAACGACUAUACGAGCAACAGCAGAAAAGAUUAGAAAAACAUCUGAGACCUCAAUUGCUUGGUGCCAAAAUAACUUCUUGAUCAUACGCUCAUCAUGAUUUUUAUCGGCACUACAAUGAAUUAUCAAAUUUUCCAUCAAUGGAACAGAAAUAUAAACAUAAAUGCAAAAAGAAACAUGAUAUUCGCAUAUAAAUGUAAAAAUUUAUGAGGAGUGCAAAUUUGAUAAUUAUCAAAUUAUUUAAUUAAUUACAAAUAACAAAUUUGAAUCGCUCCUUUGCGAAGAAAAAGACUGCAGAUAAAUAACUCCGGUAAGUGAUGAUCACAAUAUUUUUUAUUACCAUGAUAAUAAUCAAAUUUCUACGUGACAUUUGCAUAAAAAAAAUAUUCAUCAAACGCCUUGAGACAUUUUACAUAAUUCAUGUUUCAUUGAACAUUGAUGCCAAACGAAUAGAAAUUUAUAAAUUUUAUUUUGAGCACGAAUAAUAAAAUAUUUAUGGCACGAAUAGUGAUAUAUUUUAGCACAAAAUUGUUUCUUUUGGCAAGUUAAAAAUGUUUUCACAAGAAAGCUUUAAAACAAGGUUUUUUAAAACUUUAAAUUAACAAAAAUUCAAUUUCUUUAAAAAUAUUAAGUUUUUUUUAGGUUAAACUUGUUUUUCCCAUGUUUGUAAGGACAGAUAAAAAUUGAAAUGAAAAGUUUUAUAUGAUUAUAGCGUUACAUAAAAUACGCACUAAGUGUUCAGCUGUUUUUCGCUUUUAAAUUAAUUAAAAUCUCUUAAAAUUUUAUCUUCAAUAUUAUUAUAUACAUAACAUUUAAACAGUAUUUUUUUAACUUCAUUCUAGUCUUUUUUAUUAAUUGGAUAAUAUUUGUAAUUAAUGAUAAUUUAUUACGUUUAGAAUGUAAUUUAUAAAAUUGUUGGCAAAGAAAUUUACUUGAUUAUGAGUAAUAUAAAACACAUUCUAUUGCUUCCAUUUUAUGUCACUUAUUUUUAUUUGAAAAGAAUGGACGUUUAAGAAAAGCGAAAAAAUAAGUUUUUAUUGAAGUCAUUUUCGUUUCAGAAAUAAUGUAAAAAUAUCAGCGUAAUUUAUAUUAAAAUAUUGUUCACAUUCCUUAAAAAUGUCAAUUUGUUUUUUGUUUACAAAUUACAUUGUUUAUAUUAAUUUCUAAGGGUUAUUGUAUAAAAUGUUCUUUAAAUAGUUUACAUUAUAAUAAAAAAGUUAAUCUUG